AUGUGGACUGAGCAUCGAAACCCCGAGGGACGUACUUACUGGUUUAACACCGGUACAAGAGAGAGCGUUUGGGAAAAGCCAGAUGAUCUUAAAACACCCUUUGAGCGUGCACUGGGUCAGACAAAAUGGAAAGAGUAUUUUUCUGGUGGUCGAAAAUAUUACUAUAAUACCGACAACAAGGAAUCUAAAUGGGACAUGCCCGAUGAAUUGUUACUUCUCUUGGAGAAAGUUGAAAAAGACAGUGCAGCUAAUCAGCCUGCACCUUCUGCAAUAGCUCCAGCUCAAAUAACCAGUUCAAAUCAAGGAGCUAUGGUCCCAGCCGGAUCAAGUGCAUCUCCGAUAGUGGCGAACCCACAGGCGACUCAGUUGAAUGGAACUGAUGGUGCAUUAAGCUUACACACAGGUGCACUUCCCUUGACUCCUGCCAGUGCUUUGCCUGUACGGCCAAAUCUUCCAGAUGACCCCGUUAUACCUCAUAAUGGAUUUUUGACCGUCGAAGAAGGAGAGAAGGCUUUUAUGCAUCUUCUGAGAAAAGCUGGAGUUGACGCAGAUUGGACUUGGGAUCAAACCAUGAGGACUAUCAUUACCGAUCCUUUGUAUAAAGCACUGAAUACACUCGCCGAGAAAAAAGCUGCCUGGCAGAAGUUCACAGAUGCACUGAAAGCAAAAGACCGUGAAGAGCGAGAAACUCGCUUGUCUAAGCUUCGUCCAGCAAUACGGAACAUGUUGAGAGGCAAUCCUAAUGUAUUCCACUACACGACAUUUGCCACUGCAGAUAAGAUUUUUUCCCAGCAUCCGAUCUGGCAACAAGCUAAGGUUGAGGCUGAGAGAAAGCUGAUUUUUGAAGAAUAUGUCUCGGAGCUGAAACAGCGUGAAGUGCAAGAAACAAGGGCCGCUCGCGCUCGCAGCGUCUCAAAAGUGGUUUCCAUUUUCAAGGAACUGGAUGUGGAUGUUUUGACGCGCUGGAGAAAAGCUCACGAACUUGUUCUUGAAUCAGCUGAGUGGAAAGAAGAUUCAGAGCUCCGAAAACUGCCUACGCUUGACAUUCUCUUGGCUUUUGAGGAUUACAGUCGUGUAAAGGAAAGAGAGUUUGAAGAGCAAAUGAGACGUUCCCAAGUGGAGAAAAUACGAAAGGAGAGGAAAGCAAGAGAAGGCUUCAAAAACCUGUUAGCGGAGCUGGUCGAUCAAGGUAAAAUCAAGGCGAGGACAAAAUGGAAACAGGUCUACCCAUCAUUUGCCAAAGAUGAGCGCUAUCUGAAUAUUCUGGGAAAUCCUGGUUCCAAUCCUCUCGAGCUUUUCUGGGACUUAGUUGAUGGUCUAGAUCAGAAGUUGGACGCCAAAAUCGUAAUCAUAGAAGAAGUCAUGCGAAAAUAUAACUCUGACAUGACGCCGAGGACAGAGGCGGACACCGAGCCAAAGACGCUUGAUACCAGUACAAAGGUUUUUACUGUUGGUCCCGAUACAACGUACAAAGACUUCAAGACCGUCGCUUCCCUUGAAUCGGAUGUACUUCAGAAGUUAACAGAAGCCGACUUCCAAGAGGUAUAUGAUAAUUUACAUCAAUCAGCCCUGAGAAAGCAUGCCGACGAAAAGAGACGCAUGGAGAGGAAACAGCGACAUCUACAGGAUGACUUACGUUAUGCUCUCAAAAAGUUGCCUGAACCACUUGAUAUCACCUUGGCAUAUGAAGCUGCUGUCCCACUUAUUGAACAUCUCCCAGAAUACAAGGCAAUAUCAGAGGAAGAGGGGCGGCGUGCAGCUUUCGCAAAGUUUGUGAAGAGACAAAAGGAGCGUCUGAGAGAGGCUGCUUCGGAGGAUGGUGCAUCUACGACGAGCCGAAAACGUAAGGAUCCACCCCGAAGCGGCAAGGAUGACCGUGAUCGUGAUAGAGGAAGGGACCAUGACAAAGAAGCUCGUGUUAAACACCACCACCGAAGCACAGAAGAUGACAGCUAUGGACAUCCUCGCGACCAUGCAAGGGAACGUGACAGAGACCAUUCUAGCCACUAUGACAAGGAUAAGGAGCGAGAACACCGGUCCAAACAUUACCGUGAUGACAGGGAUGGACGGGACGAAAGAUCGCGUGACAAGCGCAGUUCGCGUUCUGACCAUGCCUAUGCAAGUCGAGACGAAGUACCAGCUGAAACCAUAGAAGUGGUUCGAGAUCAAAGAGACAGAAGUGCUUCAGCGUAUAAAGACGAUUUGCACGAGAAGAGAGACUCGGGUACCUUGUACGACGAUAAGACGCAUGCCGGAAGAGCGGAGAAGCGAGCCAAGUAUCAUCAUGAAGAUGAUAGAGAAGCCAAAUCAAGUCGACCAGAGAAGUCUAUCAGAGAAGAAACUCCCGAGGAAGGAGAGAUAUAG